UUAGUGAUGGCGGACGGAUGCAGCGGAAAGGCGCAUCUAAGUCCCCGAAAAAGUCGCGGAAAGUCGAGGAACGAACUGUGAAGCAAGACUAUACAUCUGUCCAUAAAAGAAAUUUAUAUUUUGUGUCUUUCCCUUUAAUAUUUUUAUUCAACGUCGUCCGGUCGUUAAUUUAUCAGCUGUUCGUAAUAUUUAAGUACUUAUAUGUCAAUACAUCCAAACUAGUGCACCGUCCAAAGACAAAUUCGAACUGCAAAGUAGAAAUAGUUGUCGCGACAAGUGAAACAGAAGCACAAGACAACCCACAAGACAUGUCGCAGCUUGCACAUAAACAUCCAACAGGACCGGGGCCCGGGCCAGGAGAUCCUCUGUUAGCCAAGCAGAAGCAUCAUCAUCGAAGAGCUUUCGAGUUCAUCUCCAAAGCUCUGAAAAUUGACGAGGAGAAUGAAGGUCAGAAGGAGGUAGCAAUCGAGCUGUACAAGAAGGGCAUAUCGGAGUUGGAGAAAGGGAUAGCAGUAGACUGUCUUGGAGGGAAAGGUGAAGUGUGGGAACGAGCACAGAGACUUCAUGAAAAAAUGAAGACCAACUUGGCUAUGGCCAAAGAUCGUCUUGAUUUCCUGGUUGGGCUGGUACAUCUGAAACAACUGGCAGUAACGCCAGCCACCACAGCUACCGAGAGGCCAGGUCGCAGUCCCCGAACACGGUUGGCCUCCCAUCCUCCUACCACAGCUUUGGCCACUCCUGCCCUAGAGCCUCUUCUCAAUGGAGGCCCUGGCAUUGCCACAAGAGUCAAGCCCCCCAUCGCCAGUCCCUCGCUGCCUCCCUCUUCUGGCAAGCCUGCCCCCUCUGAAGCUCUUGGGCGGAAGCUCACCAUACCUGCACGGAGGACAAUUGGGUCUUCGGCUAGUAAGAGUCAGACGUUACCCAGAAGUAUGGGGUCACGUUCACAGACAUCAUUAGGUUCAUCAAGACCUGGGAAGCCUCAAUCCACACCACCUGUUGUCAAAAGACAACUUUCAGGUCCAAGUAGCUCUCCAGUGCGACGAUAUAGUGGAAGUGGUAGUGGCCCAUCAGGUGGAAAGAGCACUCCAUCACGUAAAACACCACCCCAAUCCCUGAAGGGUGUUGACCCUAAAUUAGCACAGAUAGUGCUUGAUGAAAUUUUAGAAGGUGGUACAUCCGUCCAGUGGGAAGAUAUUGCUGGUCAAGAGGUGGCAAAGCAGGCUUUGCAAGAAAUGGUCAUUCUUCCCUCAUUGAGGCCAGAAUUGUUCACUGGACUGCGCACUCCAGCUCGAGGUCUGUUGUUAUUUGGGCCUCCAGGCAAUGGGAAAACACUUCUAGCUCGAGCUGUUGCCAAUGAAUGCAGUGCAACAUUUUUCAGCAUCAGUGCUGCAAGCCUCACUUCUAAAUACGUUGGAGAAGGAGAAAAGCUAGUGCGAGCCUUGUUUGCUGUAGCAAGAGAGCUUCAGCCCUCUAUUAUUUUUGUGGAUGAGGUGGACUCACUUCUGUCUGAACGCCGGGAGAAUGAGCAUGAAGCUAGCCGGAGAUUAAAGACAGAGUUCUUAGUGGAAUUUGAUGGGCUGCCAUCCAAUCCUGAAGAAAGGGUUCUCGUUAUGGCAGCCACCAAUAGACCACAAGAGCUGGAUGAAGCAGCUUUAAGACGUUUUACGAAGCGCAUCUACGUGUGCCUGCCGGAUCAGGAGACACGUGUCGUAUUGCUGCGGAGGUUGCUUAGUAAGCACGGCAAUCCACUGCGUGACGAUGAGCUGCAACGAUUGGCUACUAUGACUGAUGGCUAUUCUGGAAGUGACCUUACUGGAUUAGCAAAGGAUGCUGCCCUUGGUCCAAUAAGAGAACUUAACCCUGAGCAAGUCCGGUGUAUGGACCCUAACAGUGUACGGAACAUAAAUUUUCAAGACUUUGUUGACUCUCUGAAGAGGAUUCGACGCAGUGUUUCUCCUUUGAGUUUGUCAGCUUACGAACGAUGGAAUGCUGAGUACGGUGAUGUUAGUCUGUAACAGAUAUAUGCAAUAAAUGUAACAUAGCUUGCUUUGAAUGUCACUUGGGAUUUUAAGAAAUCUUGAUUAUGCUGAAAGAUGUACAGGUGCAUCACUGAAAGCAAGUACACAUUCACAUCAAAGAGUUCCAUAUGUCCAUUCGUAUAUUGUUGUUGCUGCUAUUAACUUAAAUGUGAAUGGUAUGAAAAAUGAGAAUUGUUAAGAAUACACUGUUUUGUAUUAAAAACUAUUUGAAAUAGUGAGAACUUGCCUGUUUUGUGAUUAUCUUUUUU